UGGACGCUAAGUGAGGCAAUCAUUGAUCCAUUGGUUCCACAAUAACAUCAUCUUAAUCAGCACAAAAACAUCUCACCCAUUACCACCUUAAAUUGCAUCCUUCCACCUAACUAACUAAGCUUCCCCAUCUCACCCUUUACAGUAUAUAUAUGGGAUACACUCCCAAGUCCCAACUCACCACCUUGUAAUACAACUCCUUUUCUCACUUCACCUUGUAACAAGUUAGGCCACACACACACACACACACACACUACAACUAAUACCAAAAUUCAUGAUGAAGCAGGUUCUCUUUCCUUCUCUUCUUUUCUUGAUCUUCUUGUUCCAUUGCACCACAGCAGCGUCUCCAGCAGCAGCUCCAGCAGCACCCCCAGCAGCGCCCCCAGCAGCGUCUCCAGCAGUGUCUCCAGCAGCAGCAGCACCGGCAGCAGCACCACCACCACCACCCUCAGGCCCCACUGACAUCAUCGCAAUCCUCAAGAAGGCUGGCCAUUUCACCACUCUCAUUCGGCUACUAAAAAACACUGAGCUGGCAGAACAAAUCAAUGCACAGGUUAAAAAAUCGAGCCCUGGCCUCACUCUCUUUGCACCAACAGACAAUGCCUUCUCUGACCUCAAACUAGGCACACUAAACUCGCUCAAUGAUAAGCAACAACUCCAGCUGGUGCAAUUCCAUAUCCUCCCUGCUUUCUAUUCUACAUUGCAGUUCCAAACUGCUACAAACCCUGUGCAUACACUGGCUGGUGAUAGCAACAGAGGAAAGUUCCCACUAAAUGUAACCACCUCUGAAAGCCAAGUGAACAUAACAACUGGGAUUGACAGUGCAACAGUGGAGAAUACGCUAUAUACUUCUGAUGGCCAUCUUAUUGUUUAUCAAGUGGACAAUGUGCUUCUUCCAAUGGAUCUUUUUGGGUCAGCUUCAGUAUUGACACCACCUAAGCCUGAGAAAAGCGAUACUGAUACUCCUGCUCCUACUGCACAAACUUCUGGUGCAACAAGUCCAACCCGUCAAGCAGUGGCACCGAUAGUGUUCGGAGUUGGAUUUGGUGCCAUAUUUUCCUUGUGGCUAUGAUACUUUGUGUUACCAAUUGCCUUUGGAGUUGCAUUUGGUGCCAUUUUUUCAUUGUGGCUAUGAUAUUUUGUGUUGAUUAAUGUUGAUGAGAUCUUGUGUGCUA